CCGCGGCACCUCUGUCUCUCCAGCUGUGUUGCUUCGGUUCGGGCGACAAACAGCCGACACAAAUGUCCCCGUUUCUACCGGGAGUUUCGGUCUGAACGGUGUGUGAGACCCAGAUGUCGCUCACGGUGCGGAGCUCUGGCCGCAGGAGGAGGAGAAAAGACCCGGAUGAGAAGCUCCCGGAGUCGACUUCUUCUUCUGCUGCUCAGGUGAUGGCGCCCACGAGGAUGAAGCUGCGAGUGCGUCGCCGUGACAACGCGGCCGCAGCAGCAGCAGCAGCAGCAGCAGGAGGCGACCAACCGGAGGAGGAAGAAGAAGGAGAGGGGCGGAGCCGAGAGAGCAGCGGGCGCAGGAGGAGGAAAACAACCACCAGCACCACCUCGACCACAGCUGCUGCUGCUGCUGCCUCCUGGUCUCCUCCUCCCUCCUCCUCCUCGGCCUCGGCAAGGGUGGUGAUGGCGGCGGCGGAGGAGGCGUCGCCGGACUCCAAGUGUCCGAUCUGCCUGGACCGCUUCAACAACCUGGCGUACCUGGACCGCUGCCUGCACCGCUUCUGCUUCCCGUGCAUCCAGGAGUGGUCGCACAACAAGGCCGAGUGUCCGCUCUGCAAGCAGCCGUUCGCCUCCAUCCUGCACUCGGUGCGCGCCGAGGACGACUUCAAGGAGUACACGCUGCGGCCGCCGCCCGCCAACAGCAGCGUAGCCGCCACCGUGGCGAUGGUGGCGGCGAUGGCGUCGGCGGCGCGGAGCGACCACCAGAUGAGGCUGAUGCUGAGGAGGCACAGAGGGGGGGAGGCGACGACGAGGAGGCGGAGGAGGGGGGAGAGAGGAGGAGGAGGAGGGAGGAGGUCGGGGGUGUGGGAGUGGUAUCUGGACUCUCCUCCUCUCACGCUCCCUCCUCAUCCUCAUCCCGCCGUCUCUCCUGUUAUGCCAGAAUACAGCGAGCAGGGGGAGGAGCUGGGGGAGCAGAGGACGAGGGGAGGAGCCGACAUGGUGGAGCGUGGCGUGAUAUUUGAGGGGCUGACGGGACUCGGCGGCGCCGCGGCGCCCGCGGCACCCAACUACCGGGCGUCACGCCGGCUGAUGACUCGCUUGGUGGCGAGGCAGCGGCUGCAGCGAGAAGGUGGAACAGUGCGGCGGCUGAGGGAGCGAGAGACAGUGGCCUUCCGCCGCGCUCUCUACCGGAACGGCAUACGGGUCCGUGGCGUCCCCGGGGUCAGCGGUAACCAGCAGCAGCGUGACAUCACAGCAGAGAGCUUCCGCCGUAACCCCACCCACCUGAACAGGCUCCGCCCCUGGCUGCGGCGGGAGCUCACGGUGCUGUACGGCACGCACGGCUCGCUGGUCGACAUCGUCCAGCGCAUCAUCAUGGCGCGGGUCGCUCGCCAUGGCCUGGAGGACACGCCCACCAUAGAAGAAGAGCUGCGACAGUUCCUGUUGGCACGCACCGACCACUUCCUGCACGAGUUGGUCAGCUUCGCCCGCUCGCCGCUCGGCCUGGAGACCUACGACCUGCAGGCGGCGUACGAGCCACCGGACGCCGCCAUGGAGCUGGACGGCACGAGCAGCCCCUCCGACGGCAGCUCUGUCAUCGCCAUAUCGGAGGGCGAGGCAGAGGAGAGGCCGGCGGGAGGAAGAUCGGAGGACGAGAGGCUGCUGGAGAUGGCGGACGGCACUCACGACGACGUCAUCCAAUCAGGAAGCUGCCUCAGCUUGGCGGUCUGGGACGACGAGACCCCCGGCCCCUCCUACUCCACCGCCGAGCCGUCGUGUUCGCUCGCCUCCCCGCCGGUUGGCCACGCCCCUCGGGAGGCAGCCAAUGGGGAGGGAGGAGAGAAGGAGGAGGAAGAGUGUCUGAUCGUCGGGUACAAGAAGCCGAUAGCGGAGCGGACUCCUGAGCUGGUGCAGCUCUCCUCCGACACCGAGGAAGAGGAGGAGGAGGAGGAGAAGAAGAAGAAGGAGGACGACGACGACACGACUGAGGAGCUUCCUCCCCUCCCGCCCUCCACCCCCUCUUACUUACCCACAAUCCCUCCCUCCACGUCGGGUGCGUACGGCGACGAGCGAGGCGAAGAGACGAAGGAGAAAGACGGCGAGCCUCGUGCACGCUCGUGGUCGGGCAGCUCCAGAGGAAGCAGGAACUCUGUGUGCGCUCUGAGCCCGGCGGCGCCCGGAGACGGGAAGUCUGGCAGCGAGGCGGCGAGGGAGAAGAAAAAGAAGAUGAGGAAGAGCGGCACCCUGUACAACCCCAACCGCUCCAUUUAUCCCGCCAUGAUGCGUCACCGCUCGCGCUCCUCCUCGCCGUUUCGCUCCAGCGUCGGCUCCGGCUCGCCCGACUCCACCUGGGAGUACCACUGUUCCCAGGUGUCUCCUCUCACCUCUGUCUCCUCGCCCUCCCGUUGCUCCUCCUCUCCGUCUUCCUCCUCCUCACCCUUCUGCACCUCCUCCCCACCACCGCCGAUGCCUUCGCUCUCCCCCAGCGACCACGUGGAGAAACCCGGGGGGAAGAGGAAGUACAAGAGCCGCCACCUGGACAGCGAUUACAAGGACCCCACCUGGAGGCCGAGCAGCAGGGAGAAGGAAGGGGGGAGGAGGAAGGGGAGGAGGAGAGAGAGGCAGAGGAGCGGGGGAGAGAGGAGGAGCAGAGCGGACCGGAGCCCCAGCGUGGAGAUCAUCUACGAGGGCACUGUCUCCCCCAACGCCUCGCAACCCCCCGUCCACAAGCGCUGCAGGAGACGCCAGCGCAAGACGCAGCAACACAGCAGCUCUCCGGUCAUCAUCACCCUCGACAGCGACAGCAGCCUCGACGACGAGGACGACAGCAGCAGUCCAAUCAGCAGCCAGCAGACCGUCGACUUCUCGGACCUCCCUCCUCUCCCGUCGGUGCGUUCGGACGGAGUGGGCGGAGCCCUGGGCGCGGAGAUUGGCGAGCUGCCCGUUGACAUCCUGGACCAAGGGUCGGAGGCGGCGGCGGGUCCCAUCGCCGUCGAUAACAGCGACGACAGCGUGGACGUGGAGAACGUGGAGGAGAGCGGUCUGCUGCUGGGGUCGGAAGAUGAAGAUGAUGAAGGACCAAUGGGAGCCACUUCUGAUAAUCAGAGAGGGUCGAAUACGGUUUGCAAAAGACACCUCGCGUUGUCGUCCUCCGACAGCCGUCUCCUAGCAUCCAUCCUCGAUGACCUGAGGGGAAUCGGCCCGCCGGCGAAACGUAAACCGCCCGUUAACUUUGACGACGACGUCGCCGAAGCUCACUCGAACCGGGGCGUCUGGUUGGCCGAGGCGAGACCUCUGCCCGACGUUGUGGAUCAGAAUCGAGGGUUUGACUUGCCGGCGUGCCGCUCUUCCAUCCAGCCGCCGCCUCCUCCUCUCGAGCGUCUGAAGGAGGUGAAGGACGUUCCUCCUCUCCUGAAGCAGGCAAGUCCCGUGAGGUCGUACAACAGGAACACGCCGCCGCCAUUAAAGCACAAAGACGCCGGGAGUCCGCACCUGUCUCCCGUAUCUCCCGUUAACCCGCUCUCACCCCGCGCCGCUUAUGACCCGCUAAGUGUAAAUUCUCACGUUGACCUCAAUUCAAAUCCUGUUGACUCCCGUGCUGAAGACGACCAUCCCGUGUCGACGCUGAAGAGACAUUUAGCCAAUGACGUGCAGUCUUCCUGUCAUUUAGCACCCGUUGACCCCCAUUCAACGGCUCCUUCUGAAGCCGAAGCGGUCGGCAUCGAUUCCACAAGUCACAAACCUCCCGCUGAUACCCGUUGUUCUUUUUCUGGUUCAGAAAACAGAUUCACAAGUGCUGAUCGCUUUUUACAUCUGCUGUUAAAUUCUUCUUCAAAGUCACAUUCCGUUGACUUGCAUCCUGUGAAUUCCUUACCUGCCAUUGAUUUCCAUUCGGCCAAGACUGGCUGGUCCAAUGAGAAGCCGGCUCACACUGCCUCUACCUCCAGAGGUUGCAGGGAGAAGACUGAUUGGACAGAUUCCUGUUUGGUAGCACCCGUUGACCACCAUCCUUCCAGCGGUGUUUCUGCUGAAGGCUCACGGGCAGCUGGGGCUGUUUUCUCAGGAGUCGACCGUUACAACACAUCGCCUCCUGCUUUUGUUUCAUCCCUUGAUUUCAGGAAUCACAACCAUCCCUCCUCACCCAUUGACUCCCACUCUUUCAGCAAGAGAGAGGGGCUGUCACGCUUUAGCGGUAGUUCAGUGCCAACAGCAGCUCCCAGGUUGUCACCCAUUGACGUGCAUCCUAGUCCCAAAUCUACUGUUGACCUCCACUCUUCCAGUGCAGCUCCAGAAGGACUGACGGACAACAAGGCCUCAUCGUUAGUGAAUCAUGGGGAGAGAUCGCCUUACGCUCGCCUGCCACCCAUUGAUUUGCAUUCUACAAGUCCUGUGCCACCUGCUAGCUUACAUUCCUCUAGCUCCGUCAGCACCACGAUUGAUAACCACUUGAACCACACAGCCUUAUCCUCCGCUACCGUUGACUCACACUCAAAACUCCACCUCACUGACUCCCGUUUAAAACCUCGCAACCACUUUGACCCCAGAUCCGAUCCACAGUUCCCCAUUGACGACCGCUCAAAACGCCAUUUCCCCGUUGAACCUCGGCCACCCGUUGACUCUCAUCCAAACAACUCUCAGAGAGACAAUCACACCACGUCUUUCCCCGAGUCUGAGGAGAACCAGUGGAACUCAAGCAGCUCUGUAGACCAACGCUCGGACUCUCGGUCGCCUGUUGACCAACGCUCGGACUUUCGGUCGCCCGUUGACCAACGCUCGGCCGACAGCGUCUGGAACACACACACACACUCAGCCACGUGACACGGACACACACACACACACACAGGACUUAAGAACUGCUGAUUUUUACUUCUGUUUCUAAUUGUGUUGAUUUGAAUGUUCAUAAAGAUGUUUGAUGCUGUUUGUUUGUACAUAAGGAAAAUUUAAAUGAUUAUUUUCAAAUGUGACUUGUUUCUCUUUUUGUGGCGAUGAAAUCGAUAUAAAUAUAUAUGAUGUCAUCACUUCUGACUCAUUUUAAUUGAUGUGAUGAUUCAUGAAUCACUAAACAAAACAGUUUAAAAUAAAGAAUAUUUUCUGUUUUUUAAACCAAAUAAUUAAUCGUUAAUUGAUAAAAGAAUCAGUUCAUUAUAUUAAAAUCAACGUUUACAGUUCUGGACAACAAUUUAUGAAUCAUUUACAAAUAUCUAUAACAUAGCAUUAGUUUAGGUUAUUAAACAUGAAUAAACCCUUUAAACCGUUUACUUACAGACCGUCUACAGCUGAUCAAAUAGAAUAAAUGUAUUAAAAUAUUAAAUCACGUCUGAAGAUCAGUUACAGCUGUUAGCUGCAGUUUGUGUUACUCACCACCAGGUGGAGCCGUCAGCUGGUUUUUACUCCAUCACUCCUCUAUUCUUCUUCUCUCUCUUCUUCCUCCUCCAUGUCCUUCACAUUCUGCUUCCUCUUCCUCAGAAGACAAACUAAGAAGGAUAAUGAGUCUCAAGGGACAGACGGAGAGACGCACUAAUUAAGACGAUCAGGGUUCGAUUACACGGCUGUUAGACACACGCACACACUAACACACUCUCACACACACUCUAACACACUAACACCAACUAACACACACACUAACACGCUCACGACUCCGGUCAAAGUCAAGAGGACGAGGGAGAAGAUCAGAAAGAACGAAACUAAACCAAAAAAAACU